AUGUCGGUUGCUGUGCGCUUAGUUGAGGUGUUGACCUUAAUAACAUUGCUGGGAAUGUUAACGGGAUUGUCCAUUGUGAUCGUGAUUCUGCAGCGCGUAAUCUUAGUUACAUUAUAUCUGCUCGGUCCAAUAACAGCAACAGUAGGCGGCAUACUAUAUGCUUCGGAAAAAAUACUUGUCGGAGCUUUGAUGAGUAUAUUGAAUUUAACUAGUGCACUUGGUAGUUCCACAUAAAAAUAUAAGACGUUUAAAAUUCUUAGUUGCUCAAGAGGGACAACUAUUGUUAAUUACUAAAAUAUAUUGUAAAUAUUCAUUAAAACUAAAAAAGUUGUAAAAUUUAUGUAGUAUCGUAGGUAACUAUUAUUUUGGAUAUCUCUUUUUUGCAUAUUCUUAAUUGUAUACAAAAUUUUAUAGUUUUUAAAUACACAGUGAAACUUAAAUAUAUAUUAUAUUUUGAAAGCAGUUUUUAA